AUGCACGUAGCGGGCUGUUUCCUUACCGUCUGUCCGGCUGCUCAUGAAGAGCGCGGCGGCGUCACGCGAUCGCGGCUAGUCCAGGCUUUAUGGGACCUGACUGUCGAGGGCUUUGGUUUCGAGUGCCGGUGCAAGGGCGCUCUCGCCAGUCCAAGAGAGACUGAGCGUACAUUGGCGUCUCAUUAUUAUCUGCAUUAUUUGAUAGAUGUGGAGGUGGCCUGCCUUCAUUCUUCGGUGCAGUCUUUGGAAAGAAACAGGCAACCGGCAAUGUCGUUUGUGCCCGACACGUUGGUUCGAGCUUCCGCGUCCGACCGCUUCGCCGUCGAGGACCUGCGUCCAUCGCGCGCUGCUAACGCGCCGACAAUCACACACUGGGGUUGUAACUCUUCUGGUCUGCCAUUUGGUCCCUUGCCGUCAGCGAGCCUGAGCUGCACACGGUACAAUACAGCAGGGACUAUGUCUGUCCGCACCGCAUCUAGGCCUCCGAGUCGGAAGUGCGCCGCGACUACCGGUGUGUACCGACAUUCGCCCGGCGGUGUGGCAGUUGCGACAGCCAAACAGCUGAAGCUAGUGGAUGCCCUUAUACUUAAAGGCCGCGCGGAGUCUGCGGCUGCCGGGUCGCUGACGGCUGCUGCUGGCACAGCGGUUGCACCUGGAGGAGUUCUCGACGACCGAAGCGCUGAGGUGGCACUGGCGAUGCUUGCGGGCGACCCCGAGACACCGCCGCCCGCAACUGCUGCCGAACUUCGGCGCUGGCUGGAGCAGCCGCUGGGCAGGCCGCUGCCGCUGGAUCCGGUCACUUACGACCGGCUGCGCUACGAUGUGGGCUGCCACCGCGUGCUGCACCUGGUGGAGGCGACCCCUGGGGCGUUCACCUUGUCGGCCACGGUAUUCACGGCGCUCAGGCCCGGGCCUCCUAGCGAAUCGGAGAUUUCGCUCGCUGUGAAUUUGGGUCGGCUCAUCGACGCCCUAUUUGCGGAACUACAGGACCUGACAGGGCUGCUGCCUCACCGCCUGGAUCAUGACACGUCGGACAGUUCGGGAGUAACGUGCGGACUCCUGCGCCCAGAUUUUUGCCUCUGGGUGGACGACACGCUCGUGUUCAAGGGGGAGGUCAUGGCGAUAAGCCGCGACUUGAGACUCGCUGUGGAUAAGCUUGGCUACAAAAUGGGGCAUGUGUGGUCGCCAAUUGCUUUCGGCAACCUGCCGUAUCUGCCGUGCUAUGCGACUGCGGGAUCCCAGCUCCAAUUCUACGCCCUGCUCAAGAGCCAGCCUCAGCAGCCUGUCAGCAUCAGCAAGCGAUUCGAUCUUUCCGUGGUCGCCGAUCGUGUCGAGGUGGCGCACCACGUGGCCAACCUCUUCCGCCUGCUGUGCUGGUGCUUGCGGCCGCUGCUGCCGCCGUACCCCGUGACCGUUGGGGCUGUGCUCGAGCGCUCGCACGGUACCACGAUCACGAUCCUCACGGACCGGGUCGUCAAGAGAAUCGAAAACUUCGCCAGCAACAACAAGGGUGUCGAGUACGACGACCUGGCCAACGUGUAUGGCGCGACCCGCCGCGCUGCAGGCCUCAUCCACGCCACUGAAGGGCCGACCCUCAGCGAGCGCAAGGGCACGUACAAGGUGACCCUGGCGCCCCUGGGUAGUCACCGGCGCCCCGCGAACGAGGGCGAGCUGCGGCGGGCGAUCCAGGACGUGCUGCGCGGCGUCGCUGCGCUACACGAGGCCGGCUACGUGCACCGCGACAUCCGCUGGGAGAACGUGCUGUGGAUAGGCCAGGGCUCGUGGAUGCUGUCGGACCUGGAGUCCGUGGCGCGGCCGCCGGCGCAGACGGCUGGCGAGGGCAGCUUCCACGCCGCCUGCUGGACGGACGACACCCUGGACGAGCGCGGCAUGUACACAACCGCGUCGGACGUGCAGCUUGUUGGGCGGCUGAUAGAGAAUUGCGAUAUCCUCUCACUGGGCGCGCAGUGCGUGGAGCUCAAGGCGCAGCUGACGGCGAGCGCGGCGGCCUCACGCCCUUCUGCAGUAGAAGCGCUGUGCCACCCCUGGUUUUCCGCAAGCGCGCCGCUCUGA